AUGUGGAAGAAUUCAAGCCUCUGCUGCCUUUUUGCACUAGCUAUUUGUUUAAGAAGCUUAAUAUAUAGCCAAGAGAUAGGUUCUCUGGGAGACCCUCAGAAUUUGAAAUGCGUAACGCACAAUUUACGUAAAAUGGCCUGUACUUGGGAUGUCUCUUCAAAAGGAAGACAUGGGCAAACUGACUUUUGCUACACUACCAAUGACCUCCUGCCUCCAGUGUGUUUUAAAACUAAGGAGAAAAGGGCCGAGAUUCCAGUCCCAGAGAGCUCCACCACGGUGACAAUAACCACAAACAGCAUUUCUGCUUUUUUUGCUACCAAAGAUUUUGAAAUUCAUGAGAAAGACAUCUCAUUUGUUCCUCUCACUCCACACAUUCUUAGUUUAACACCUGACUUUUCAACUUCCACAUUAAAUCUUAAGUGGAGUGAUAACGGAUCAGUCUUUCCAUACGGACUGGAUGCUUUUUGGCAGAUUGGGAUACUCCGUAAAGAAGCAAUGGAAAAAGUCACACAAGUAACUUACUAUUCAAAACUGACUCAUGAAGACAUCAUUCUUUCUUGGAACUGGACAUCAGAUAUGCCUUUGGAGUGUACAUCACACUAUGUGAAGAUUCGCUGUUACAUUAAUGUAAUGCAGUUUGUUGGCCGCAAGGAUUGGAGCAACUGGAGCCCAGUAGAAGAGGUCCCUGGAAAAGAUACCGAGCCCAAUGGGAGUGGAGUAUUUCCUCAGGACACUGUGGUGGCAGUAGGCUCAGAUGUGACAAUUUGUUGUGUCCAUGAUGAAGGACAGCAGAUACAAUGGAUUACUUAUGGACCAGAAAUAUACCCAAUGAUAUAUCUAAGCAGUCAGAGCAGUGCAAUCAGAGUGCUAAAUGCCAGUGCUUCAGAUACCAGUGGGACAAAUGUAGUGUGCAUUCUGUCCAAAGAUGAGAUGGAUGGAACUGUCUUGUUUCUGGGAUAUGCCCCUGAUAUUCCCCAAAACCUCAGCUGUGAAACAUCCAACUUCCUGAUAAUAAAAUGCACCUGGAAACCAGGCAGAUCCAGUGGACUAUAUGGAAAACAAAGAACAAAGUACAGUUUAUUUGAAAGAAUAUCUGGUAAAAAUGUUUCAUGUGAAGUAAAUGAAAUGAACAGAGAGUAUGUCUGUGGCUUUCCAGUACUGGCUGAUCAAAAACCCUAUGAUUUCAUAUUAGGGCAAACAGAGUCAUCACUUUUGGUUGAUUUAACUCAGAGAG